AUGGCCCUGGCGCUGUGUCCGCGACACGCCGCAGCCGGCGUGGUGGGCGCAGUGCUGCUCAGGCGCGCCGACCUGGUGUAUCAGACCUUCCUGCAGCAGGCCGGGCUCUGGCAGGGUGCGGGCCACGCAAGUGCCGAGGCGGCCGCCCAGGCCGCCUACUCAGCCGCGGACGCGGCCAGCCUGGCCGCCGCGGCGGCGGCAGCGGCGGGCGAGGCCCUGACCAACUGGAGCGGGCCGCUGGAGGGCGUGAGCUGCCCACAGGCGCCAGCCUGCACCUGCUCGUGCCCGCAGGUGCCGGAGUGUCCACCCGAGGCGGACGGUGACGUGAAGGAGGGCUUGUGGCACCUGGCGGGAGGCGCGGUGGGCCACAUCGUCCUGGUGCUGGGAGCUCCCCUGCGGGAGUCGCGCCCGACGGCCUCGGCUCCCCCGGGCGUGCCGCGCUGGCAGGGCCUGGCCGCCCUGCUCCUGGAGACAGGGCACGCCGCCGUGGAGGAGGAGUUCUGCAAUGAGCUCCUCGUGGGGAGCUAUGUGGCCGUGUUCUACACGGAAGAUGAUGUGUGGCAUGAGCGUCAAAUUUUGUUCCAGGUCGACGCCCAGCACUGGGUGGUGUACACCCCCGACGGCGACAUGUACAUAGAGAAUGUGAUGGCUGGGGAUCCCGACUCGGGUCCGUGCCGCGCGGCCAUCCUGCCUGCUGACGGCACCCUCCCGUUCUUCCUCAGGGGCAAGACCUACAGGUUCCGUGACUUCCCGGACGAGCAGCGGCUCCUCGACCUGAUCAAUGAGGGGUACCAGCUCGCCGUGUCCGAGGGCGGCGAGGUCGUGGGCCCGACGGCGUACACCGACGCCAUGGGGCAGAGGCAGCCGUUGGAGUUGCACGAGGGCAUCUACCGGCGUGCGCGCGGGCGCCCGCUACCAGCUCUGCCGCCUCCUCUUGAGCCCCCAGAGGGCGGAGACCUCCUCGUAGGGGGCACCCGCACUCCCGAGGUCCUCGACGCGGAUGUGGAGCUGGUGAACGAUGGAGGCCGCUGGGUGUCCCUCGUCACGAUCGGUUCCGUGCGCCGUGGCGACCCUGUGGAGCUCGAGACGGGAGACAAGGUGCUGGGCGAGCGGGCGCUCCACCGCAUGCCAAAUGGUGAGGUGAUCGCCGCGUGUCGUCCCGACUACCUGAGCAAAGUCGUGGAUGGAGGUUCGGCUGCCGACGGCGGCGGCGCUCGAGUGCUCGCCCCCGUCUCCUAUGACCCAGGCGGGCGACGCUGGUGUGACUUUGCGAACGCUGUCAGCAAGAUGAGCACAGAGCCGAUGGAGGACUUCCCGCUGGAGGGCGAGAGGUCGGCGCUGUGGCUCUUCAAGUACGUUCGUGAUCACGGCGGCACGUUCGACGCCCGCCAGACCAAGUGGGCCACGGAGCAGAAGAUCGCCAUCGACUCCACCGCUUACCUUAUCCACGAUCUCGUGGGUCUGGCGCUGGAUCUCUCUGUGUGCUAUGACCAGUGCGAUGGCGGCAACCUGGCCAGUGUCGAGGUGUUGGCGCGGCUGUACCAGCUGGUGGAGGAGACCAACGGGACCCUCCAGCUGGAGGGCCUGGAGCACUACGUGGGCCGCGACCCCACAGGCGGCCUACGCCGCGGGGUCGCGCUCAACCCUGGGCUCGCGCACUAUGCGACCGACAAGAAGAGCAAGGAGACGGAGGUGAUGAAGCAGCGCCGCAAGGCCCGUGAGGAGUCGGCGGCGGCCAAGAAGGCCUCCAAGGGUGGCGGCAAGAAGGAUCAGGAGUGUUACACUGGUGGCUGCACUGCGCUGUCGCGGGGCACGGAGCAACGUGUUCGGCGGCGGCUCAAGGUCCAAGAGAGGACCGCCGAGACGAUUCGAGCCAUCAAUCGCCUGGCAGGUUUUGACACGCCCGAGGUGGAGUCCGUCGGGGAGCUGACCGGCCCCUCCGCCCUGGUCUACAGCGACGCGCGGGCGCUUCACGCGGCUCAUGCCCCCGAGCCGGUGAAUUCGAUCAGUCCGCAGGAAGCCUUUCAUGAGCUUCUCGGGAGCACGCCCUCGUCGUGCAUGGAUGGCGACGAGGUCUCUCCAGUUCGGCCCUACUCGCGCGAGUUGGUGAGCUGGCCCAAGAGGGGCAACCGCCCGGUCCCGCUGCCGACGAACGCGCCACCGGACCUGCUCCGGUACAUGACAGAGGGCCAGCGAGAUGUGUGGCUGCGGCAGCCGCAGGAGGUGGCGCAGGUCCGGCAGGUUGAAGGCCUGCCGACGCUGUACGGCGACACAGCUUUGAAGGAGAAUCGCGACGCCUACAUCGGCUUCGUGAAGGAUGGCCUUGCUCGGGGGAUCUUCCGCCUGAGCCGCCGUCGGAAGGAAGCCGUCAAGCUCUUUUUCGUGAAGAAGAAGAAGGACUCUAGCAUUCGGAUCGUUAUCGAUUGCCGACGGAGUAACCAACACUUUCGAGCCGCGCCGAAGGUCCACCUCUUCUCGGGCAGCAGCUUCGGGGAGGUCGAGGUCUCGGCGCACCAGCAGAUGUGGUACGCAGGGGGUGACGUUCAGAACGCCUUCUACCAGCACCAGUUGCCGUGCUGGCUGCAGCCCUACUUCGGCCUCGACUGCGUCCGGGCCUCGGAGCUGGGCGUUGCUGAGCUGGACGGCCAGGCCGUGCGGGGCGACCAGAUCCUGUACCCCCUGAUGAACGUGGUUCCGAUGGGGUGGAAGUGGGCCCUCUUCAUGGUGCAGCGGAUCCACGAGCAUGUUCUCGAUGGAGUUCCCGAGCUGGGGCCGCGGCGCCGAGCGGUCGAUUUUCGGCCUCCGCCACGAGUCGAGGACGGGGCGGUGCACACAGUGUAUGUGGAUAACGUGCUGAUCGAGGGGUUCGACCCAGUGGAGGUGACACGACUCCGCGAGGCUGCAUGCGCCGCGCUGCAGCAGGCGGGCUACGCCACUCACGACGAGUCCGACGCUGCGGCGAGCAUGGAGAUGCUGGGCGUCGAGCAGACCGGCUGUCCAGGACGUGUGCAGGUGUCCGCGAAGCGCUACUGGCGGUUGUGGCAGGCGCUGGGGUGGAUCCG